AUGGAGAGCCCCGCGGCCCGCGAGCCCGGGGGCACCGAGCCCCCGCGCGCGCCCGCGCCCCCGUCCGCGCCUCCCGAGCCCCCCGCCGCGCCCCGCGCCCGCCCGCGCCUCGUCUUCCGCACGCAGCUGGCGCACGGCAGCCCCACCGGCAAAAUCGAGGGCUUCACCAACGUCCGCGAGCUCUACGCCAAGAUCGCCGAGGCCUUCGGCAUCGCGCCCACCGAGAUCCUGUUCUGCACGCUCAACAGCCACAAAGUGGACAUGCAGAAGCUGCUGGGCGGCCAGAUCGGCCUGGAGGACUUCAUCUUCGCCCACGUGCGCGGCGAGACCAAGGAGGUGGAGGUCACCAAGACGGAGGACGCGCUGGGACUGACCAUCACGGACAACGGGGCGGGCUAUGCCUUCAUCAAGAGGAUCAAGGAAGGCAGCAUCAUCAACAGGAUCCAGGCCGUGUGCGUGGGCGACAGCAUCGAGGCCAUCAACGACCACUCGAUCGUGGGCUGCCGGCACUACGAGGUGGCCCGGAUGCUGCGGGAGCUGCCCAAGUCCCAGCCCUUCACGCUGCGCCUGGUGCAGCCCAGGCGGGCGUUCGACAUGAUCGGGCAGCGGAGCCGCAGCAGCAAGGGGCCUGGGGACGCCCAGGUGGCCAGCGGCAGGGAGACCCUGCGGCUCCGCGCCGGCGGCGCCGCCACCCUGGAGCAGGCGCCCAGUGAGUUUGAAGAGGAGGCCUCUCAGAAAGUGGACGACUUGCUGGAGAGCUACAUGGGCAUCCGGGACCCAGAGCUGGCGUCCACCAUGGUGGAGACGGCCAAGACGACGGCCAGCGUCCGGGAGUUUGCGCGCUGCUUAGACUCCGUCUUGGGCGAGUUUGCUUUCCCGGACGAGUUCGUGGUGGAAGUGUGGGCCGCCAUCGGCGAGGCCAAGGAGGCCUGCGGCUAG